CAUGUCGAGACGGGGCGGUGCAGCGAGAUCUACGCAGGCUUCUGCAUGCAUACUAGCCUCCAGUUUGAAUAAGGAAAGUGCACAUUCCAUCUCAUUGGCAUUUUACCACCGGUGCUUUGCUCGAAAGAUUGGCUGGAAAUUUCUCUUCGUUACCGUCUCGUAAGGAUUGUGAGAACAUGGUGAUCAAAGUUUACAUUGCGUCGUCCUCUGGAUCAACCUCGAUCAAGAAACAGCAGCAGGAUGUCAUGGGUUUCCUGGCAGCCAAUAAGAUCGAGUUUGAAGAGUGUGACAUUGCUGCCAACGAGGAGAACAGGAAAUGGAUGCGAGAGAAUAUACCAGAAGACUCUCGACCGGCAACAGGGAAUCCCCUUCCGCCGCAGAUCUUCAAUGAGGAGAGAUACUGUGGGAACUACGAGGCCUUCUUCGAUGCCCGGGAAGACAAUGCUGUGUAUGCAUUUCUAGGCUUGACCGCACCCCCUGGUUCCAAGGAGGCAGAAGCCCAAGCCAAGAAAGAGCAGCAGUAAUGCUCAGCGUCUUCCAGCGCCCUCUGUGGCUACAGGACUGCAGCUGGGCUCCAGUGCUUCCCCUGCCCCGCCCUGCCCCCUUCACACCCUGCACCCUUCACUUCUAGCCACUCCAGACACAACUACCUGUUAUGCCCUUUCAACCAACAUUCCGUUGCCAUAUUUUUAGUCUCUGCUGUCCCUUCCAGAAGAGGCAUGUGGGCCAUGCCUGCUUCUGUAUGUAUUAGAGACAAUGUGAGUGCCCCGCAUCAGUGAACUGCUUGCUCUUUCCAGUUGUGUGCCAUCCUGCUGUUUCCAAAGUCCAAACACGAGCCCGUUGUCAAGUGUACACUCGUAUGGUGGAAUUUAUGAAGUGCCAUUUGCAGGUGAUUAAUUACUAUCUGCAUUGCAACACACAGAAUGCACUUAGAAUUCAUUUGAAUUUUGCUCAUAAAUUCAUGUGUGUGCAAAAAACAUUUAUUCCCUGUUAAAUGAUGUUAAAGGGCUAUAAUGAGUAAUAGUUAUGUCUUGUUCACCUUUAAAUGUUUCUGGUGUUUGCUAGUAUAGGGUCUAGUGCUGAUAACCAAUGGAGAGAUACAAUGCACCGAGCUUCUGAUUUAGUUUCAUUUUCACAGUUCGCUAUAGUCAGUCCACAUCAACAUCAUGUAUUUUCAAAUAAAUCUGAAGUAGAUGUUGCCAUCAUUUGUAUUAUCAUUUGUUAAAUGGGGUUCUCAUGGCUAGCUGAAGUCAUUCAGUGUUAUUAAACAAAAACAACAAAAAAAUUUAGUGUACCCAUACCUCAUUCUGUGUCUUGAUAGAGUACGUUUAUUUGUUUCUGUUUUGUGAGCAAAUAGGAAAAACUCAUGCCAAAAAAUUUAAAGAAUGAUAUUGUUAAAGGGAGCAGGAAAAUAAAGCAUUGUUUGAGUAAAA